AUAUUAAACCCCGCCGCUGAUUUUACCAUUUUACCCCUGUCGUUGCGUUUGAUCUGAUUAAACAAAACCUUGAAAAUCUGUAGCCUCUAUCCAGAUCGACGUAGAACUUCAAUUUCUUCUCUGGAUAAUAUUUGUUGGAAAUUUCCGACUUUUUUGGUUUGCUUUUGGCGCUUAGAGCUGAAAUUGUUUGAGUGAUGAAUGGAGGUGAGAGGAAGGAAGAUGGAGCCAAUGAUGAUAGUGAGAAGCAGUUAGAGGUGUUAAUGUGCGGGUAUUUUCCGGGGGUGACGGCGCAGAGAUCGCCGUUGACUUCUCCGGAGAUUGUGCGUUUCCCGGAGGCGGAGGCAUCCGGGGAUUCUUGGAAGGAUGUCUGCGCCGGCGGAUGCGGCUUCGGCAUGGCGAUUUCCGCCUCUGGGAAACUAGUUACUUGGGGUUCAUCUGAUGACCAAGGCCAGAGCUAUUUCGCCUCAGGGAAGCAUGGGGAGGCUCCAGAGGUGUAUCCUCUUCCAACAGCUGAUCCAAUUCUGGAAGCUGCAGCCAGCUGGGCACACUGUGUUUCAGUAACAGAUAAAGGUGAAGUGUACACAUGGGGUUGGAAGGAGUGUGUUCCAUCUAUAAAAAUCACAUGUACUUGGAACACUUUGAAAAACAGUGACGAUCAAACUGUCACAAGACAAAAUUCAACAGUAACUGACCAAGGGAUUCCUCAAUCUCAUAGUUUGAACUCUACAACUGGAUCAGUUUUGGGUCCAAAUGACAAAAUAUCUGGAGAUGAGACGCUGAAGCGGAGAAAAGUUGAUCCUCAGCAAGACUCUGAAGCAUCAACACCUGCAGAUGAAACACAUUCAAUGCCUCCUUGUCCUGUAAGCCUGGAUCCUGGGGUGAGGAUCACCUCAGUUGCUGCAGGCGGGCGUCAUACUCUAGCAUUGUCAGAUGUGGGACAGGUGUGGGGUUGGGGCUAUGGUGGAGAAGGCCAGCUUGGUCUGGGGUCUAGGAUAAAAAUGGUGGCAUCUCCUCAUCUUAUACCUUGUAUUGACCCAUCAUCGAAUGGUGGAGAGAGCUCUGGUGUAAAUAAUGAAAAAAGUGUUGGCGUGGCAGCCGAGCAAAAAAAAUCCAUAGGAAAUUACAUAAAGGGUAUUGCAUGUGGAGGCAGGCACAGUGCAGUGAUAACAGAUACUGGUGUGCUUCUCGCCUUCGGCUGGGGUCUUUAUGGGCAGUGUGGACAAGGGAAUACUGAGGAUAUACUGCGACCAACGUUUGUGCCUUCUCUAAGGGAUUUUCAGAUCAAAGCUGUUGCAGCAGGACUUUGGCAUACUAUAUGUAUAUGUUCUGAUGGACGUAUUUAUGUCUUUGGUGGGAAUCAGUUUGGCCAACUGGGUUUGGGAACACAUCAAGAUCAGUGCGAGAUUGUUCCUCGCCUCGUAGAUGCUUCAGUUCUGGAGAGUAAGAAAGCCAAAAUCGCAUCCUCGGGGGCUCGUCACAGUGCUGUCCUAACAGAGGAUGGUAAAAUCUUCUGCUGGGGGUGGAACAAAUACGGUCAGCUCGGUCUAGGAGAUGCGUUGGACAGGAAUAUCCCAGAGGAGGUAAUGGUCAAGGAAGAUUGUACGGUGAAGAAUAUUGCGUGCGGUUGGUGGCACACACUAUUGCUCUGUGAGACAAGUCGAUCAAACUAGAGUUGUGCAAGACUUGCUAUGUGGUAUCAAUGCCAGAAUGUUUUCCCUGCAGUUUUAUCCCUUUGUUUUUGUCUUCUGUGGCUUCGUUUGCUCUUGAAUGGUUUUUCGGGACAUUACUUGUUUUUUGUUUUCUCAUUUUCUUACUUUGAUGGAUUUGUACAGCGCAGGGUUGGAAUUGGAAAUUAGGUUCCAAACGUAUAUGUUAAUCCACUAAUCAUGCCUUUGUAUUUGAAUAUUUCCUACAUUUGGGUAAUAUGAAUUUUCUUGUCACUCUCUCAACAAUUAUUAUGAACGAGAGAGGAAA